AUGUCUUCUGGAAGCAAACAGCCCACCCAGAUGGUUACGAACGGCAUGAACAAGGGCCUCAGUGCUGGAGUCCUGAGCCAUGUACCGGACGGAAGCAGCGGCAGCGUGGUCGAUCGAUUCUCACAGUCGCCCGCGGCGGAUGAGCCUUACUUUGCUCGUGCGCGAAUGCAAGACCGGUCUGAUCAUGUAUCACGACUUUCAAGCCAACUUGAUGCGACAGAUGAAAUCCUGAGAAAAUGA